CACUCCCUCUGGCUUCUCUUUCAAGCUACUCUCUCUCCUCUCUGGCCCUCUCGCUCCUCUGCCUCUCUUCCGACCACCGUCGUCUGUUCCUCCGAUUCUCCUUCUCUACGGAUGUCUGUUGAUAUCUGCAAGAAGAAUCCAUCGUUUCUUUGGUGCGACUGUGGUUAUAUGAGCAAAGGGAGGUUGUGGUGCUUUCAGACAAUCUUGUUCAAACAUUCAACUUGGACUUGAAUCAUUCAAGCCCCCUCAAACUGUUUUCUUCUUCUUCUUUUUCACAUUCUUAGUUGUUUCUUGUUGGUAAAGAGUAGUUGUUUCUACUAGAUUGUGUUAUUGUAAAUCUGAGAGAAUAUUUCGAAAUUCUUGCUUUAUUGGUGAGGGGAAUUACUUAAUUUUACAACUUUGGGUCUCUCUCCAAUGGGGAAAACUAACUUGGCACCUGGAUUUCGGUUUCAUCCGACUGAUGUUGAACUUGUAAGAUAUUACUUGAAGAGGAAAGUUCUGGGCAAAAAGUUCCUAACUAAUGCCAUUGCUGAAAUCGACAUUUACAAGUUCGAACCACCUGAUUUACCCGAUAAAUCAUGCAUAAGGACUGGAGACCUCAAGUGGUACUUCUUCUGCCCGAGGGAAAAGAAGUAUCCCAAAAGUGCCAAGGCAAAACGGUCGACUGAAUCUGGUUACUGGAAGACCACAGGCAAAGAUAGAGAUGUUUCUUACAAUAAUGAGGUCGUAGGGAAAAUAAGAACUUUGAUUUUUCACUACGGGAAGACGCCUCGUGGGGAUCGGACUGACUGGGUCAUGCAUGAAUAUAGACUUGAAGACAAAGUACUGGCGCAGAAGAAUGUUCCUCAGGAUACUUAUGUGCUGUGUGUUCUCUUCAAGAAAAAUGGACUUGGACCAAGACAUGGAUCUCAAUAUGGAGCUCCAUUUAAGGAAGAAGACUGGAGCGAUGAGGAAGAAGAAGAAGAGACUGAGAAUCUUGUAGCAGCUAUUCCUUCUGCAGAAAACGCCGAUCCUGGUCCUGGCAGAGAAACCAGUCUAGUUGCUACUGCAUCACACUCGCAUUCUUCUAAGAAUUGUUUCGCUGGAGUGAUAUCAGAAUCUUGCGUCUCUGAUGUACCGCAACUAACUGCCACAGUGCUUCCACCUCCAACAAGUGAUGUUGUAGCUUACAAUCCCAUGUCUUCUUCUCCUCUUCUUGAGGUUCCUCAGGCACCACCGGAUGACGAUGAGUUAUAUUCGCUAUUGGACCUCUUUGUUGUUGAUAAUGACGAGUCUUUACUCUUAGACGGAUUCAACAAUCAAUACGAGGUAAGACAUGAACCUGAGGUUCCUGUUGUCGAGGAAGCACCGGUUUGCUUAGGAGAUGCAGAAUUAAGCAGAAUUCCGGACUUGAGCGAUGAGUUAUUCAUAGAGAUUCAGGAUCUGACUGAGCCAUCCAAUCUUUCCGCUCAGAGGCCGACCCACUAAGAGAUAUAAUAUUGAAUUUUCUUUGUAACGUUAUCGGAUUUGUUGAGCAUUACGAGUUAAAAUUUUCU